AUGGUUUGUCCAGGAAGUCUUGAGCAAUCUCCAGCCGGAAGUGAUUCUUGUGGUGGAGGGGCAAACUGUUCAGAUCUUUCCGAAGAUGUUGGUAACAAGGAGUUGGAAAGUCACCUCAGCUGGGACCCCGACAUGGAAGUGUAUCUGACACCUGGAUGCAAGGCUUGGACCCCGGAUGAUGCGGUGGAACUACAACAGCGCCUUUGCGGGGUUGCCCAUGCUGGACUUAGCGGACAUCCUGGGAUCGAGGCAACAACAACAGCCCUGUCGGAGAGCUUUAACUGGUCUUCCCUUCGCAGGGAUGCACAGCACUUCGUCCGAGAUCGUCUACACUGUUUGAUCGUGGGUGAUCGUGUCGUCCCUCGUCCAUACGGGCCAACUCUCCAUGCGACGAAACCCAAUGAGAUUUUGCACUUCGACUACUUGUCUCUUCCUGAAAGCACGACCGGUGAGCAGUACGCACUGGUAAUCAAAGACGACAUUCGUGGAGCUGAUAGCUGGAUAUCCGAUCGGGGUACUCAUUUCAAGAACCAUCUGAUUGAUCUGCUUCGGGCUCGCUAUGGUACUCACCAUCACUUUACUACAGCCUACUGUCCGUGCGGUGCCGGCUCUCUGCCGGCUUCGCCUCCGGUCUUGACAAGUAUGCACCCGAGAUCGUCGGAGGUCGUGGAUGUGACAAACGUGUACGAAAACCAGCGAGAACAUGUUGUAGCUGUGCAGUCUGCGCUGGAAUCGAGGUGA